AUGCCCCUCUACCAGCUCACAUGCAUUGCUGCCCACUACCCCGAAUACAGGUUCAUUAAGGAACUCGUCACGCGCCUUGCGACACAUGUCAUGGACAAUGGGGGUGUGGUCCGCAAGAUCGACUCAUGGGGAACCCGCACCCUGCCGCAGCGCAUGAAGAAGCUGAGGCACGUUCAUACAAUAGGAGAUUACUGGACGAUGCAGUUCGACGCUUCUCCUUCUACAAUCCGUAGUCUCAGCAGAUUAAUGCACGACGACCCACGUGUCAUCCGGGGGACGAAUAUCAAACUUGGGGAACAGGUCAAAGACAUCAGGACGUUCAGCGAUCUCACCACAACCCGGCCAUGA